AUGGACAGGCUCGGCGCGAACCCGGCCAACUCCUGCCCGCUCACGCCGCUGGGCUUCCUGGAGCGCACGGCCACCGUGUUCGGGGACUGCCCCUCCGUCGUCUACCACGACACCGUCUACACCUGGUCCCAGACGCACCGGCGCUGCCUCCGCCUCGCCUCCGCGCUAGUCUCCCUCGGCGUCUCCCGCGGCGACAUCGUGUCCGUGCUGCUGCCCAACGUGCCGGCCAUGUACGAGAUGCACUUCGGGGUGCCCAUGAGCGGCGCCGUGUUCAACACCAUCAAUACGCGCCUGGACGCGCGCACGGUCGCCGUCCUGCUCCGCCACGCCGGCUCCAAGCUCAUCUUCGCCGACCCGGCGAGCCUGCCGCUCGUCCGGGACGCGCUGAGGCAGCUCCCGCCGGGGCACCGGGCGCCGCGCGUCGUCCCCGUGGAGGACCCGCAGGAGAAGGAGUUCCCCGCGGCGCCGCCCGGGACGCUGACAUACGAGGCGCUCCUCGACGGGGGCGACCCGGAGUUCGCGUGGGUGCGGCCGCGCAGCGAGUGGGACCCGAUGAUACUGAACUACACCUCCGGCACGACGUCGGCGCCCAAGGGCGUGGUGCACUGCCACCGCGGCAUCUUCCUUGUCACCGUCGACACGCUGGUGGAAUGGGCGGUGCCGAAGCAGCCGACAUACCUGUGGACGCUGCCCAUGUUCCACGCCAACGGGUGGUGCUUCCCGUGGGGGAUGGCGGCGGUGGGCGGCACCAACGUGUGCCUGCGCCGCGUCGACGCCGCCGAGGUGUACGCCACCAUCGCGCGGCGCGGGGUCGACCACCUCUGCGGCGCGCCCGUCGUGCUCAACAUGCUGGCCAACGCCCCGGACGCCGCGCGGCGGCCGCUCCAGGGGAAGGUGCGCAUCCUCACUGCCGGCGCGCCGCCGCCGGCCGCCGUGCUGCACCGCACCGAGUCCAUCGGCUUCGAGGCGAGGCAGGGCGUGCGCACGCCCGGCAUGGCCGAGGUCGACAUCGUCGACGGCGAGACCGGCCGCAGCGUGCCCCGCGACGGGUCCACGAUGGGCGAGAUCGUGCUCCGCGGCGGGUGCGUCAUGCUCGGCUACCUCAACGAUGACAGCGCCACCAGGGCGGCGAUACGGGACAACGGGUGGUUCUACACCGGGGACGUCGGCGUGAUGCACCCGGACGGCGGCGGGGAGAACAUCAGCAGCGUGGAGGUGGAGUCCGUGCUCUACAACCACCCGGCGGUGAACGAGGCGGCGGUGGUGGCGCGGCCGGACGAGUUCUGGGGCGAGACGCCGUGCGCGUUCGUGAGCCUCAAGGAGGGGUCGGGGUCGGGGGCGCCGGGCGCGGUGACCGCGGCGGAUGUCAUCGCGUGGUGCCGGGAGCGCAUGCCGCACUACAUGGUGCCCAAGACGGUGGUGCUCCGCGCCGAGCUGCCCAAAACCUCCACCGGGAAGAUCCAGAAGUACGUGCUCCGAAACCUCGCCAAGGAGAUGGGGCCAACCCACAAGGGCGCCAGCAGCAGCAGCAGGAUGUAG